CACCCCCACCUCUUCUCCCCGCCGCCGUCGGCAGCCAUGGCCCUGCGCUACCCCAUGGCCGUGGGCCUCAACAAGGGCCACAAGGUGACCAAGAACGUGAGCAAGCCGAGACACAGCCGCCGCCGCGGGCGCCUCACCAAGCACAGCAAGUUCGUGCGGGACAUGAUCCGGGAGGUGUGCGGCUUCGCCCCGUACGAGCGGCGCGCCAUGGAGCUGCUCAAGGUCUCCAAGGACAAGCGCGCCCUCAAGUUCAUCAAGAAGAGGGUGGGCACGCACAUCCGCGCCAAGAGGAAGCGCGAGGAGCUGAGCAACGUGCUGGCGGCCAUGAGGAAGGCGGCGGCCAAGAAGGACUGAGCCCUGCCCUGUGCGCGCAAUAAAAGCUUUCCAGAA